GCUGCACAACUUCAGCGGUGUCUGGCCAAUUCUGCUGCAACGAGUCUGUCACUCCACUUCUGUGAUUUCUUGCCCUAAGAAAUGCGCUUCUCAUGGAACAUGCCAAUAAUCUCUUAUGGAUGUUAGCGGGCUAACACUAUACAGUUACUGUUCUUGUGACCGCAAUCAUGGAGGCUUUGAUUGUAGCAUCGAACUUGUUUCACAAGUAGGAAAGAUGUUGAAACAUGUAGGGCAUGUUUGGCAAUCAGUUUCUCUUAUUGCAUCAAAUGCUGCAGCUUUGCUACCCGCAUAUUGGUCUCUUCGUCACAAGGCAUUUGCAGAAUUGGUUCUUUUCACAUCAAGUGGAAUAUCAAGUGGUUUGUAUCACGCAUGUGAUGUGGGCACAUGGUGUGCAUUAACUUUCCAUGUCCUACAGUUCAUGGAUUUCUGGCUUUCUUUCAUGGCUGUUGUCACCACUUUUGUAUGCUUGGCUACUAUUAGCGAAAUCUCAAAGAGGACAAUACACACUAUUGUUGCAAUACUUACCGCCCUUUUGGCUGAAACCGGACCAACCAGGUCCUCAAACAUAAUAAUUGUGGUGGCCAUAGGGGAUGUAGUCCUGUUAAUCGGGUUCCUUAUUGAGCUUUCUACCCGUCGCAGGAUGCUUUGCUUAUCUUCUUCAACACAAGUCUGUUUGAAUCUGAUUUACAGCUGGGAGGGCAUAAAAACAUGGAUUCAGAAUCUCAUCAAGACAAUCUUAAAGCGAUUCUAUUGUGUCUUUUUACUUUUUGGCUUCAUUGCAUUGGCAAUGGCUGCCAUAAGCUGGAAGUGGAAACCAGUGAAAGCUAUUGUAUUUGGCACAGAUGUUUCAGCUCCGAAUUGCGAGAACGAACCCCAUGGUGAUGGCAACUAUGAGCUAGCUCGGCAAAAUUCGUUCUCGUCCGCGGAGCAGCAAAGAGAUGGCAGAUAGGGCAAUGGUUCUGUGUGCCAAGAGAAGGGGUAUUGCUGUAAAUUAUUGUAACCAUCAUUCCUUUCCAAAUCUCUCUUGAAUAUAUGAUACACAUACAAUAAAAACAGGUUUAGCAAUGAAUACAUACAUGGAAA